CGGAUAAUGACUGAGAAUUUGACCUCCGAAAUAUUAAUUUAUCGCAGUGCCGACAGCAAUAUAAAUAGUCUUUACAAACCGCAGUUAAUCAGUUGCAACCCGAAGUCGAGCAAUACACACCUAUCACAAUGGCUGCGAAGUUCGUCGUUGUAGCUCUCUUGGUGGCGGCCACCCAUGGCAGCGCGAUCCAUGGCGGUAACUACAACAGCUUCUCCUAUGGAGUGUCGGACCCCCACACCGGCGACGUGAAGAGCCAACACGAGACCCGCGUGGGCGACAGCGUGGUCGGACAGUACUCGCUGCUGGAGUCUGACGGCACAAAGCGCACUGUCGACUACGCCGCUGAUGCCCACUCCGGAUUCAACGCUGUUGUGCGCAAUGACCCUCUGCUGCACGCCGCUCCUGUCGCCAUCGCCCACGCCGCUCCUCUGGCCAUUGCUGCUCACGCCGCUCCUCUGGCGUACGCCGCCCACGCCGCUCCUCUGGCUCACUCCGCCUACUCCACUCAAAUCGCCCAUGCCGCUCCUCUGGCCGUUGCUGCUCACGCCGCUCCUCUGGCAUACGCCGCCCACGCCGCUCCUCUGGCUCACUCCGCCUACUCCACCCAAAUCGCCCAUGCCGCUCCCUUGGCCCACAUCGCUCACGCUGCCCCCGUUGCCCACACCGCUUACGCUGCUCCAAUCGCCCAUGGCGCCACCGCCUACGGUGCCCAUGGCGCCAUCGGCUACGGUGCCCAUGGUCUCGGCCUGGGUUACGCCGGUCAUGGACUCGGUCUCGGCCAUGGUCUUGGAUACGGUCAUGGACUCGCCUGGUGAAUGUAGUAUAUGUUGUUAGUUAAUGAAGAACGGCUGUGUUGACCAAUAAAAGAAAACAUUUUAAUUUACAAAAAA